GCUGUCUUGACGACAACGACAACGUUCCUUUGAUCAGCACAGCUGAACGAAUUCACACUCUUUGCCACCUGCUGACCCACACUCUUUACCACCUGCUGACCCACACUCUUUACUACCUGCCGUCCCAACUGUGUACGCUCCUUUGUCGUCAGUCGCCGAAGUUGCGCUUGACCCGACUCGACAUUCGCCGCUUUCGUCGAAGUAGUCAUAUUUAUAUUGACCACAACGUCUCGAUUGAGAGGAGCAUCAUCAGAACACAAACAUCACUUUUCAGUUCUUCACUAUCACCAUAAUGCGCCAUUCUACACUUCUUGCCUCUACUCUUGCGGUUGGCAGUCUUGCCCUACCCCAGGGUCAGCUUGAGAAGCGCCAGCAAGUGACCGUGUACAGCACAGUCACGGUCACAGUCACUGUCUUCGCCAACCCAAUCGCUACACCAGCAUGGGCAGGACCCCCUAAGGCUCCCAACCCUCCCAACCCCAACCGGCCCUCAUUCGCGCCGUCCUUGCCACUAUGGACCCCGCCUCGUCCGGAUGCUGGAAGGACCACCAGUAGCACACCACGAGCAUCCUCUAGCACGGCGCCCGUUGUUAGUGUACCCGGCGCCACGCAGGGCCCGAUUGGUGGUGGCCAGCCUACAGGUCCAGCCGUUCCUGGCAACACUCAAGGUGUUCCUGGUGUUGCUACUUCCGGUACUUCCAUCGUCGGCAGCGCCAUCAGCAAUGCUCCGGUGCCUUCCAAUGCAGCACCGACACCUGCUCCCGGCGGUGCUCCCCUCGACCCUGGACAUACCCCAGGUGUAGGACAAGCUACACUUUCCGCUGGAUUGGCCUACCAAAAUGCGAUUCUCUACCAUCACAACGCCGCGCGUGCUAACCACAACGCCGCUCCGUUGGUCUGGAACCAGACUGUUGCCAACACUGCCGCCAUUGCAGCCAACACUUGCAGAUUUGAGCACCUUAUCCCUGCGGGGGUGAACCAGGGCCAGAACCUGUUCACCGUCUCUGGCAAUUACUUCAAUGUUACUGCUGGUAUUACCGAGAGUUGGUAUAAGGGCGAGUUCCAGGCGAUGUUGCCAGUAUUCGGUCAGCCGAGCAUUCCUGCUGAGAUCUUCCACGACGUCGGCCACCUUACGCAGAUUCUUUGGAAGGGAACUACCAGCGUUGGAUGUGUAUCCCUCGAUUGUGGCAAUAGGAUGGUUGUUGGCGGCCAAGCCGGUUCUACCUUAAACAAGUAUACCGUUUGCAACUAUUAUCCCGCAGGCAAUGUCGGUACUCAAUACGCAAUCAACGUUGGCAGGCCCAUCAGCAACACUAACCUCGGUAGCUGGAGCAAUUAGGUAUGCUUCGGUCUAUUGUUGUCUUGCGAUGAUAUACUUCCAGGUGUAUGGUUUACUGUUGUAUACCUUUUCACAGACGUCGCAGUGCCAAGCAGCAGUAGUGCCUGCAUUGCUUCGCUGUUCCCCUUCUUGUCAUGGAUCCGCGGGAUUUGUAUUUCUGUUUCGGGAUUGAUCUGGAAGCAAUCAGUCACGUCACAUUCUUUCGAGCGUACCUUUAACUGUACAUACUGGCGAUCUACAGUCCUUACGACAUGUAAUAUAUAUAUCUUUGAAUUACGAUACGAUCAUCUACAA